AUGGACAUCCGCGCAGGCUCUUUCGAGGCCCGACAAAGGCGAAGACAUGAUCCGUUUUUAAUGGCACAGUCUCGUCAACGCAAGGCCGCCAAUAUCUCUCGCCAACAAGCCCUUGUAGAAGAGAGACAGGCAGCUUUGGGUGAUCCCGUGAAGAGCGAGCCAACUCCUUUUGUUCAACAAAUUGAAGCGGUUCAGACGGGCAAGGAUACUCAAUCUCAAAGUACUGGAUCGUCUGCGGCUCCCAACUGGAAUCAUUAUAUCAAGCCCGAGGAAUUCGAUGCGGCACUCAACUAUUCUAAGGGCCUCACGGAGCCGCUAUCUCCAAGGGAUGCAAACAUUGCCGAUCCCCACGAAUACAACAAAGAGGUUCAGCUGCACAGUCUGUCUCAUCAAAACGCACAGGAGGCAAUGCGGCGAAUUGUCAAUUUAGCCAACGGGAACACUGAAGAUCGUACCCGUGUGAAUAUUGAGACUUGCAUCGAAACUUUCGGUCGGCACAACACCGACAAAGUCCUUCCUAGCAAGCCGGCUGCAGUGGUUUCGGGCGACCAUCCAACAAAGACUCCGCGAGCAGGCCCAGACACCGGAUCCCCCGAAGUGCAAGUUGCCAUCCUGACUACCAAAAUUCUGAACCUAUCUCGACAUCUCCAGACAACAAACAAAGACCGACACAACAAGCGCAAUCUGCGCAUCCUUGUACAUAAAAGACAAAAGCUCUUACGCUACCUGAGGAAGAAAGAGCGAGGAGGUCCUCGUUGGCAAAACCUCAUUCAAACUCUUGGGCUGUCGGAUGCAGCCUGGAAAGGUGAAAUCAGCAUGUAA